CUGUACUGUCAGUGUUGCUCAUCCUCUGCAGGGUGCUGUGUGCUGAGGCUGGACCAUGCAUCUCCUACUGCUGAUCUCCGGGUGUCUGCUGGGCUGGACAGGGGUAUGGGGGCAAUACGAUCAUCAUGUGACCAAAGAAGAUAAGAAAGCCAUGCUGGAUGACAAAGUGGUUCUCCCCUGUAAAGUUUUCAAGCCUGAUGAAUCGGCCACAGUACAUUGGUUGUAUGUAAUUCCUGAAGACAAGGGAGAAAAAGUACAAAAUAUUUUGACUGCUGGACCAAAAGGAACAAUCAUAGAAAAUUCUGAAUUGAAAAGUCGCAUUGAUUUAAAAAACAAUUCCAGACUGCAGAUUGUCAACUUACAAGUUAAAGAUAACAAGCAGUUUAUUUGCCGUGUGGAGUUCCAAAAUGGCGUAACCAAAGAAAGCAGAAUACAGCUUCAUGUCUACAAGAGUCCAUCAGAACCAGAACUUAAAAUGGAACAGAAUGGAAUACAAGUGACAGAUGAAGCAGUCCAGAUCGGUACCUGUGAAAGUAAGAAUGGUUUCCCAAUGCCUGUUAUCAAAUGGUAUAAGAGUGACAAACCUCUGAGAGAUGCAAAAGACGGUGUUAAAAUUCAUACUCGGGUCGCAACAGGAUCUGAUGAUUUAAUCACAGUGUAUAGUAUUUUACUGGCCCCUGUGCAGCAGUCGGAUGCCAGUGCUUUAUUUUACUGUGAUGUCUCAUACAGUCUUCCAUUGGGGGAUCAUAUGCUGGAAUCUGAGAGAAAAAAUAUCACAGUGCAUUACCCUACUACCUCAAUAAAAGUAUAUUUUAAAAGCCCAUCUGAAAUCAUAAAGGAAGGCGAUACCGUGGAUCUAAUCUGUGAGGGUAAUGGAAAUCCACAACCCUCAUAUACACUGGGAAAGAAAGGUGAUGAUGCCACUUUGACAGAAGAUUUGCCAUAUUCUUGGAAAGUUUCUCGUGAAGAUUCUGGGGUUUAUGUCUGUACCUCACUUGAUGUGGAUACUUUGAUGGAAUUUAAAGAAGAGACCACACUCUAUGUCAACUUCCUGGAUCCUCCCAUGCUGUCCCAUGAGUCUCCUGUUACUGUUGAUCUUCAAAGUAAAUUGAUGGUUUCCUGUCAAGUGGAUGCAUCAAAUGAAACUGUAAUCCACUGGAAACAAGACGGAAACACCAUUGAAAAUGGGUCUGUGUUAAACCUGGAUUUUGUAGAUUACAGUGCUACGGGACUUUAUACUUGUGUGGCUGACCUUCCUAACGUGCCAGGAAUGACUACAAGCAAAGACAUAAGUAUCACUGUGCAAGGAAGUCCUCAGGCAUCUGUGACUUCACAAGUUAUAGAGGUGCAAGAUGGUGAAACUGUGACUACGAAUUGUACAGUAUUUGGUUAUCCACAAGCCCAGGUCACUUGGUAUAUUAAUGACACAGAGGUAACGUCACACGCUGUCAUUUACAACAUCAAAGAUAAUCAAGUGACAAGCGAACUCACCUUAAUGGUCCACAAAGAUUUCUUUAAUCAAAGUCUCAAAUGUGUGGCCUUCAAUCGGUUCAACAACAGCGCUGCAUAUAUCCAGCUAUUGGAAAAAUCCAUGACUACACCUUUUUCAGUCACCGACUUUGAGUUUUUUUCAACUUGGACAGACCAAGGAGACUGGAGUACAGCAGAGCCAAUGGGGACAAGAGCUCCUGAACCUGAAUCCAGAACCGAGAAAAGCUAUGGCAUAGUGAUUGUAAUCGUCAUCAUAUGUAUCCUGCUCUUGGCCUUUCUUGGAGCCGUGCUGUACUUCCUUUACAAAAAAGGACAUAUUCCAUGUGGACGCUCUGGUAAAAAAGAUAUUACAAAUCCUGGCGCUAAAGAUAAAAUAAUUGUGGAAAUGAAGCCUGAUUCUCCUGCAGAAGAGUCUGUCUUACUUACUGGACCUCAAGAGAAGAAGCCAUCAGAUCAGGAAAAAUAUAUUGAUUUAAGAAACUAAAUUUUCUCAUGGACAAGGAACUCCGGGAAUGUGUCCAUGCCUUUAUAUAACUGUGGAUGUUGAAGAGAUCACCAGAGGCCUGCCCUACAUUGGGAAGCAUCAUAACCAUAAACCUAAGUGGCACAAAGAUAUGAAUAUAUCAUGGAUAUCUACUGUAUGCUUCAACUGGGUAUCAUUACCUCUUCAGAUUUUUGACUCUGUAUCAAUCUUCAUAGCCUUAAUUAUUGGACCAUAAACCUUAAAAGAAGUGUACUUAACUUAAAAAAAAUCCACAAAAGCAAAGCCAAUGCAGUAUUGUCAUUAGCAUGUGAUAUUUGCUUUGAAUUCAAAUAUGAACAUUAUUUGAUAUAUUUAUAAGAUAUUUUGACUGCGAAAAUGACGAUCAUUUCCGAAGUUAUUUCUUAAAAUGACAAAAAAAGAACCAUGUGAGAUCAUAACGUUUUGAGGGAUAAAAUAAAUUAUAUGUCCUAAAAUAAGGCCCAUUUUACAUAAAAAUGUAAUAUACUAUUAAAUAUUGUUGGUAUUAUUAUAUUAACAAUAUUUAUGUUUGUGAAUUGAACAUUUUAAGUGAAAAUUUUCAGGAGUUAAAAUAACUCACCAAUCCUAAUAAUUAGAGCGGGCUGAAAAUAUAAUGUUUUUACUGCAUGGACAGUUGUUGUCUGUGUAGUCUGCUUGUGUACAGUUUGGGGGUGUGUAUGUAUGUUAGUACAUAUUUUAUAUAAGACAUUUUUUUUUUAUGUUUUUUUAAGUUUAAAUAUGGCCUUAAGCAAUGUCAUUCAGUAAACUGGCUCUUCAUUGCAUAGCUUUAGCUUUCUAUAGUACCCACAAUGCAGAAAUCAUUCUUCCAAUGUAGGCAGGAAAUCGAAAGAAUGGAUUACACUGGGUUCUAUAGAAUCAUGUACAAUUCCUCUUAUUUAAACAUAAUAAAUGGGGCUGUUUGUUGGAACAGAAAUAGGGCUUAUCUGCCAGUAAAACUGCCACUUUUUGUAUUUUUGUAUUGUCCCACAUUACCUUGUCAGUCUCAAAAUGCUUUGUAUCCCAAAGAAUUGCAUAUGUAUGGCAAACAGGAGUUAUUUUAACCUUGCAUAGCUCACCACAUUAUAUUACUGAGCUUCUUUGAGGAAACAUAAUAGCCCUGAUCAUUAAUGUCAUGAUCUCAUAAAUUAUAAAUCUGCAUGGACAUAUAGAAAUGAAGGCAAUCAUUGGUGUAA